AAUAUAUACACAACAUUGAAUGUAUUUUGAUAUAAUUGAAUGUAAUAUAAUAUACAUUGCUUCUGUGUACUUACAUAUAUCGAUAUCCAUUGAAGUAUUACCUGUAGUUUGAGAAGCCACUUUAGAAGCUUAGUAGCAUGGCUAUUCCAACAUGGAAUGCGUGGCAUGUCGCUCAUUAAAUGACUACGAAAUAAAAGGAUCUUGACGACCUUGAUAGUGUGCUUCACCAGUGAGAGCAUAUACAUCGAGGUCAUUGAAUGCAUUGGUUUAAGGAAAACACUGAUACACCAAAAUUAUUAAGUCUCAGCCCAUUACGUGGAGAUGAAAAUAAUAUUGAAUUCAAAUCGCUCAAUUCUCACUCGUCAUCAUCCAUGAAAAAUAUAUCAUUGCCACAUUGGACACGACAACAAUCAUCAGACUCGGAAUCCGAAAAGAAUUGCUACAAUGUUCAAACUUCGCAAAUUACUGUUGAAAAAUGCAGUGAAAAAAAAAUGAAAAAGAAAUACCAAAAUCAUCAUAGAUCGUACGAAAAAAGAAAUCCACUUCUUGAUCGAGUCAAAAAUACUAAAUUAAGUUUCUUCAAAGCUGACGAGUCUCACAAGGACAUCGACCCAGAUGAAGCGGACUUUCGAUCAAAAUGUCAUUCAAAACGAUUAAUUUUUAUCCGAGAUGAUUCCCAUCAUCAGUCAUUACGUAAUCAAAUAACAGAACAAAAUAAAAUUGAUAAUAAAUAUAGACGACGUUCGAAAUCACAAACAAGAAUUUUGUCGAAUAAAAAUUCUAAUGAAGAAUUUAGAGGAUUCAAAUGGAAUCUUUCAAAAUCACAAGAAUCUUGUUUAUUAUCAAAUUACAAACCUUCCGAUAUUGAAAAAAAAUCCAUGAACAUAAAGCAAAAAAAAACUGAUUACGAAUCAUUCUCAUCAAAAGAAUUUCGAAAUGAUGCAAAAUCAUCAAAUUGUUUUACUACAAAGCUUCAAGUUAUUCAAGAUCGUUAUUUAAAAAAUUCUGUCAAUAAAUUAAUUGGAAAAAUAUAUAAAAUCGAUGAAAAAGAUAAGAAGAAGCAGCGGCUCCGUAGCUUCUCUUACGGAUCAAUAACGGGACUCGAUGAACUUCGAACUAAUCCUCUCUUUGAAGAUCAAGAUCAGGAUGACAAUGAUUCAGGAAUUUUAGAUAAUAGCUCAGCUACAAGUUCUUUGUUUGAAGAGCAAUAUUAUAAUGUAACUUCUGAUUCCGUUUCAAAUACCACUUUCGAUUCAUCUUUGCCUCGAUGUGUAUCAUUAAAAAAACCUAUAUCUUCAAUUAAUGACGGGAACCAAAAUAAAGCAACGCCACUUGAUAACUUCACUAAAGACUCUCAGACAUUGUUGAAUAAAAAAUCACAUAGGAAUUCAUUAGAGUAUUACUCGAAAAUGAUUGAGCAUAAAUUAAGUCAGGAUGUAAAUCCCACAUUUUUAAACUCCAUUCAUCAACCGACUGAGAAUCAAUUUCUUUCAAUACAAGAUGAAUUGAAGCCAAAUAAAGUCCAAUCUUAUAAACAAACUUCUUGUGGAAUGAAAAAUAAUGAAUCUAAUGGAAAUACUGAAUAUCAACGGACCAGUGGAGGAUUAUCAGUGAUACGAUCUAAAAAUUAUACAACAAAGCAAAUAACUGUCAAACUAACACGUAAAGCAAAUCAAUCACUUGGUAUUUUUAUAGUAAAAACAUCUGGACAUCAAUCAGAUUAUUUAAUUGCACAUGUUGUACCUAAUGGAUUAGCUCAUGAAGAAGGCACAUUGAAAAUAGGUGAUGAAAUUUUAGUUGUUAAUGGAAGACAACUCUGUGGGUUUGAUAUUUCAGAAGUUAAAAAAAUUCUUGAAAGUGAAAAUACUCCUGAUGAAGUAAAUAUUACGAUAGCCAGACGGAUUAGUGUCGAUAUGACAAAAAAAAAUGAUAAAUUAAAAGAAAGUAGUGUCGAUUAUGAAAAUAUUCAGACAAAAAACCAUUCUGAAAUGAUAGGUAAUACAAAGAAUUCACCAGAGGUGUAUGUCAAAAAAGAAAAAGGUCAUCAAGAUUUUAGUAAAAAUGAACGUAAUUCAUCACAUACAAUGAAUCGAAAAAGUAACACAAAACAAAAUUCAAUUGUGUCUGAUUUUUGUACCUUACCGAGGAGACCACGGAGUUCAAUGUCGAUAUUUUAUACGGUUGUUUUUCAGAAAGGUCCGGGUAAAAAAUCUCUUGGAUUUACUAUCGUUGGUGGAAAAGAUAGCCCAAAAGGAAGCAUAGGUAUCUUCAUAAAGUCAGUUCUUCCAGGUGGUCAGGCUGCAGAAGAUGGCCGAUUAAAGGCAGGUGAUGAAAUAUUAGCUGUUAACGGACAAGUUCCUCAUGAUUUGACUCAUCGUGAAGCUAUUCAACUUUUUCGUAAUAUUAAAAGUGGUUCUUUGGCAUUACAUCUUUGUAGACGGAUAAAACCACAAUCACCGCCAAAAUCUAAAGCCAAAUCUUGUGCUGAACUUACUUUAGAGGCUGAAGUGACGUUUCCGUAAAUAGACAACGUUUGAAGUAUAGUAUUAAGUGACAUGUUUAAUAAAUAUAAAUAUAUUAUUGUAAAUAUUGUAAAUAAUUCUAUAUAUAAAUAUACAUAAAUUUUAGUAUUUUUUAUAUAACUAAAGUUUUUA